GACGACGUCAUAAGGUGAUCAAUAAACCAGUUCACCGUUUUAUAAAGUUUCUUAAUACCUACUUUACAACCAAUGUAGUCAAUCUACUGGACAGAACUGUUUUGAAACUGGAGUGUGUUUUAUUUCUAUAACUUAUAAGACUCUUACAGACGGAAAAGACAUUCAGAGAAAGUUUUAUAAUUGGAAGUAAUUGAUUCCAGGACUUUGUCUCGUAGUUAAAUACGAUUACUAAGGUCUACUACUGCGGAAAAAUCACAUCACAACAAUGUAUCUGACAGAUUUGGAGAAAGUGUUGAUCAAUUUGAUGCUUGCGUUGGUGACCUCAAAAUCGGUGCUUGGGGGAUUCAGCAGCAGUCCAAAAGACAUCACUCCACACAAAACCUCAUCCCUUUCACUUCGAUGUGAGCCCGAUGCAGACGGCUCAGGGGCCAUAUUGGCCAUCCAUAUAAAAAAGAAAGAAGCAGCAGGGGACGCCGGGAAUUCGACGAGCCUGUCCGACCACGUGAUGUCACAGAGAGGAGUCGGGGAGAGCUUCGUGAGAGCAACCAUCACUGCUGGGAACAAGAUCACGGUGGUACCAACUUUAACGAGGUUCCAGACAGAAGGUACCGUGACAGGAUCGGCGUAUCUGAUGGUCACCAUACAGUCACCGGACAUUGACAGUGUGGGGUUGUAUGAAUGUCAGGUGACAAGACUUGAUGAUGAAGGCAACGUGAAGGUCAAUACAGAGGUCGCAGAGGUCCUUCAGGAGGUGGAGCUAAGUCUUGAGACUCUUCAGACGAGGGUUAAAACCCUGGAAAGCCAGCUACCCACCAUAAAGGUUAUCGCUGAGGCCAUGGCCAGAACUGUGCAGGAGGCUAAAAGUAGCAAUGAGCUUCUAGAAAAAGACGUGGCAGCUCUGAAGAAAGAAAACCAGGAACUCUCCGAUGUUGUCACAGGACUGACCAAUCAAAUACGCGAGCUAACAUCUCGAGUAGAUAAAGUGUACAAUGGACAAGCGGAGGUCAACCUGGACGCUGGUCAUGUCACUACCAAUGACUAUUCUAAACUAACGGAUAUAGUACAAAAGAAUCAAGCGGAAACAGAAUCCAGGAAGGAGGAGCUCGAGAAGGUCAAAGAAAAACUGGAAGAGCUUGAGAGCACGAGGAUUCAUAUUUUGGAAGAGCAGAUGCAAUCUCUGAGAGAGCGAGAGAAAAACGUGGAAGAUUUGGCCGUCAAGACAGAAUUCAUCGUCAAUGCUAGUUUUGAACCAAGAAUCAAAGAAUUAGAAAAAGUCAAUUGGAAAGAGCUCUAUGACAAUCUGGACGACAUUGAGAACAAAAUGAUUCCGAACAUGGUUCUGAACAUCUCCAAAGCCCAAGAGGACAUAACCGAGUUACAGAAAUCUUUCAAGGAGCUUCCUCCACAGGACUCAAGUUUGACCCCUAGUGUUGGAAAUACUACACAACAAAUACCGACAACCAAGGAGCCCCCUAAAUUUGAUGGUCCAGCCUGCUAUGUCUGUGGCGACAACACCACUCAGAAGCAAUGCACGUCAAAGACGUCGCAGGACUCGCUGGUGUGUCCGGCAGGACGUCCGGCUUGUAUGACAGAUGUCUAUCAAAACGGCGUCUUCAGGCGUAUUUACAGACGGUGCGUUACUCAAGAAGAAUGUCAGGCGUCGCCUAGCAAGUCCAAUUCUCAAUGCAAGGACGACAACUUCAUGGAUGUCAAGGCCAUGGAGUGUCACUUCUGCUGUACCAGCCAGCUCUGCAACGACUACAUCCGGCCGUCCAGAGAUUUAGUUUCCUAGGUUGUGUUUGUGGUCUACGACAUUAAACUCAAACCCUCAAAGAAACUUCUGGUGGAUAUGUUCAAAAGACAAGGGCGGAGCUUGCUAUUCAAAAAUACAUUCCCCACAGCGUUCAAAGAAAUAUAUGGGCUUAGUCUUCAGUAAUACUUCCAUAUUUAGAUUUAAAAAACCAGUAUACAUGCAGCACAAUAAGCACACAUACAUAUAUUUUCUAAACAUAUAUACGCAUAUAUUAUUGACGCCAUGAACGACAUUUCAGCAGCAAAUUAUUUUCGAUAACUCUCAAUGCCGAAUCUAUAAAAAUGUUCCACAUGAUUUGACUUAUCAAAAGUAAAAAAGAAGAAAAACCUAAAACAAUACCUUAAAAAAAAAACAAAAAACAAGGCUUGUAUUAAGCGUACUUGUAUCAAUUAGUUUGGAUCAGUCAUGUAAUUAAAUGUGUAAUAGCUGUAGACUAACAAUAAAAAAGCAUUUAUAAAAAAAAAAAAAAAAAAGAACGAGCUGAAUUGUGAGCUAAAGCCUUCUCAGGCUAACGCGGUAAUCACUUGUAUAGUUGUCUAUUUUGGAAGAUUGUAUAGUUGUCUAUUUUGGAAGAUUGUAUAGUUGUCUAUUGUGGAAGAUUGUAUAGUUGUCUAUUGUGGAAGAUUGUAUAGUUGUCUAUUGUGGAAGAUUGUAUAGUUGUCUAUUGUGGAAGAUUGUAUAGUUGUCUAUUGUGGAAGAUUGUAUAGUUGUCUAUUGUGGAAGAUUGUAUAGUUGUCUAUUGUGGAAGAUUGUAUAGUUGUCUAUUGUGGAAGAUUGUAUAGUUGUCUAUUGUGGAAGAUUGUAUAGUUGUCUAUUGUGGAAGAUUGUAUAGUUGUCUAUUGUGGAAGAUUGUAUAGUUGUCUAUUGUGGAAGAUUGUAUAGUUGUCUAUUGUGGAAGAUUGUAUAGUUGUCUAUUGUGGAAGAUUGUAUAGUUGUCUUUUGUGGAAGAUUGUAUAGUUGUCUAUUGUGGAAGAUUGUAUAGUUGUCUAUUGUGGAAGAUUGUAUAGUUGUCUAUUGUGGAAGAUUGUAUAGUUGUCUAUUGUGGAAGAUUGUAUAGUUGUCUAUUGUUUCUAUUUCUAUUUGUGUUCACUAAACCUGAGACGGCAGCCUUAUAUAAAGGUAAAUUAUUCAGCUUAAAGCACCACUUCAGUCAAGUACUAUUUCAUUCCCUUCUUUGAGAUCCGAGAUUGGGUGUCGGAGAAUUAACGUGUACAAACUUUUGGCCAGACAGACACACAGACAGACAGAAAGACAGAGUGAGUUGACAUAAGCCUUGUAAAAAGCUUACUCUCGAUCCACCUCGGAACACAAAGCCAUGACAACGAUCCAGACUUUUAUUUUUACCAUAAGAGAAAUUUGAUGAAAUAAAGUUUAGAAAAAGAAGAAUUAAUAUGUUUAUAAUUGUUUCAUGGAUUUUCUUAUCUUAUAAGUUACAGACGGGCCUUCAAAAGAUAAUUAAGUCAUAAGCGUAUCCAUGUUUUAAUCUACACGUGCAGAGCUUGAAACUGCUUGUGUAUUGGUUUCCCUGGCUGAUUCAUACAGCCCAUUCCAUGCUCUGACGGCAGUUUGGAAGAAAGAACACUUCCUUUAAUCAGUCUUAGCAUAUGGAAAAAGAAUUCUUUUUUAAAAGUCUCAGUAUUUUAUUAGCGGCCUCCGAAAGGGGAAUAGAUGCUAUUAGUUUUGUGUGGUCUGUCUGUCCGUCCGUCCAGUUUAGAUCUCUUAACCUAGAAAAGAUAGUGAAAAUCCGACAUCAUAAUAAUUAAGACUGUUCAAAGUUCUGAUGCUACGGCUACAUUUUUCUUUUCUAAAAACGGAAAAUUUCGUUUUAAAACUCAACUAUGCAAGCAGUUUUUUUUCAUAAAAAUACACGAUUUUAACAACUAUGAAUAAGAGAUUGACAAUCAUAUCAACUGGAUUACAAUUGUAUGACAUCAGUUAGGUGAGGUUGAGAUCUAACUUCACCUUCACUUUCACCAUCCCUUGGUCUGCUGGACCGUUGGGGCACCACACAUCUUCUGUCAACCUUCUUUUCCCAUUCUUCUCUGUCAUUUGCCUUUAAUAGAAUUUCGUUCUGCAAUUCUGUUUGAAAAUAUUGAAACCUGCCAUUUUACCUGUCUGGGGGACCACUUCGGGGGCGGAUUUUGAGUUUGGAGUUUCCACACAAACUGCCUUGUUGUCACCUUGUUAGGUUUUGUUUUUGCCUUUGUAAAUUAGGGCUCAUUGUUUUAUGUAUUAUUACUAUUUUACUUUUUUAGCACUCUGUACUCUGAAGUUUUACUAAUGGCGUGACUGUAGUCAAAUGUGAAUAUUUAUUUAUGAUAAAUCUCACGGCUUUAUUUUGUAUCUGUCUAGUUCCUUUAUGUUUUCUUGAGUCGAGGGAUCUAAAACACA